GAGGAGGGGAAGAGAUGUCACCGGUGACAAAAGCAACGAAGGCGAAAGUAGAGGUUUAUUACGGUGGCGAAACAUGCAGCGAGAAAUUCGCUCUGUUGUUGGCAGAAAUGGGGUCCCCGCGCUGCCUGCUGACGGUGCUGGACAUACAGGAGUGCGGGUACGUGAAGGACACGGGCCUAACAAGAUUAAGAAUUUGACUGGCGUGAAGGGCAGGGAGUUCUUGAUUUGGAUCAAUUUGACUGAAAUUUGUGGGGAGGAAGGAGAUGAUUCUUUGGCCUGUUUGUCCAAGUCUUUUCCAUUGUCUUUGUCUGGAGGAAUCAGAGCUCAAACAUUGGUUUUCAGAGAGGAAGUUGAUGGAUCAAACGAGGGAAACUGGUGCAACAAAUUGAAGUUGUUGGGGUUUUCUUGGGAAAGGGUGGAGAGAGGACUUGGAGGAGAAGGAGACAGCCGGAGUUCUCUCUUUUUUUAUGAGCUUUGAAACCACAACUCCAACAGAAGUUGUAAAUUUAUAUGAAAGGAAAUUGUUUACAUCUGUUCGUGUUCUUGUGUUUUUUCGUUCUACUCUGUUUCUGCAAAUGUAAAAAUUAUUCUGGGGAGGAAAGAUAUCCUUGUGCAUAAUCUGGAAAUGGGUGGAAUGAAGAAGAUGUCGGGGGAAUGGGAGAUCCUUAUCCUCAACUAAAGUUGUAGAAGAUGU